CCAAUAAACCCCAAAAAAGAAGAAGAAGAAGAAGAUUUGACAGACGUCACUUCCUGUCUUGCGCAGUAGCGACGUGAGCCAACCAUGGCGACGGUUGUAGAGAAAUCAACGAAAGAGCGGCUGCUGUCUGUUUUGGACGAUUUGGAGGUUUUAUCCCGGGAGCUGAUAGAGAUGUUGGCUCUGUCCAGGAGUCAGAAGCUUCCCCAGCCAGGAGAAGACAGCCAGAUCCUGGAGCUGCUUGUGCAGAGGGACAGGGAGUUCCAGGAGCUGAUGGAGGUGGCUCAGCAGCAGGGGAAGGUGCACCAGGAGAUGCAGCUGCUGGAGAAGGAGGUGGAGAAGAGAGACAGCGACAUCCAGCAGCUCCAGAAACAGCUGAAGGAGGCUGAACACAUCCUGGCCACUGCUGUUUACCAGGCGAAAGAGAAACUCAAAUCCAUCGACAAAGCCAGGAAAGGAAGCAUCUCUUCAGAGGAAAUCAUCAAGUAUGCUCACAGAAUCAGUGCCAGUAACGCCGUGUGUGCGCCGCUCAACUGGGUACCAGGUGAUCCACGCAGACCCUACCCGACUGACCUGGAGAUGCGCAGUGGGAUGCUGGGUCACAUGGCCAACCUGCCGACCAAUGGCGUGAACGGACAUCUGCCAGGUGACGCUCUGGCUGCUGGGAGGUUGCCAGACGUCUUGACACCUCACUACCCCUGGCAGUCCUCCGACGUCUCGGUGGGGAUGCUGCCUCCUCACCACGGCAACGACUUCGGCCUGGAGCCUCCGGGUCACAACAAGGAGAACGAGGACGAUGUGGAGGCCAUGUCGACCGAUUCCUCCAGCAGCAGCAGCGACUCCGACUGAAAGACAGAGACUCAGAGUGUGAGUGUGUGAGUGUGUGUGCGUGUGUGUGUGUUUGUUUGAGAGGUCACCACUGAGCAACACCUGAUCAGAUAUGUACACCUUUGGUCCGCUGAGUGCAGGAAUCAUACAUAGGGAGCACACAGAGGGACAAAAAUUACUUUUUAAUUUAAAGGACCAUUCUGUUACUUUUCCAUGACAUGUUCCAUUUACUUCCAAUCCUAGUCCACAUGAGUGUGUUAAGGUGAAACGUUGUGAGCAUGCAGUACAUCUCUGGAGUAAUAGAGGAGCUCACUCCCACAGUGGACAGAGAUUUAAAGCUGAAUAUAGGGGCUCCACUCUCAUUAAACAAUUCCCCGCUAUCUUUUAUUAAAUAAGUGCCAUCAUUUAGCUACAUUUUGUAGAAUGAAUCUGUUUGUCAGAGUAGCAUUUAGUUUUCCUUUUUGAUUCUUCCACAUAAGUCUACAGUUAUGUUUUAACCCGUCUUCCCUGGACUGUUAACAGCUUCAGUCUCAUCGGUCAUUUUCUGUGACUGAGGAUUGUCGUUUCAUUACUCUGUGGAAAAACAGACUCUGUGUUCUGAUUCUGGGUGGGCUGAAGGUCCAGCGUGGCCCAGCAGUUAAAGGUUUGAAGACAUUAUUAUCAUAAUUAAAUGAGUCAAUCUUUCUGCCUGUUUCCACAGAGAUAUUCUGAGUCAUAUUUGUAGGAUUUAAUCUGCAGUCUGUGUGGCUUUAAACAGUCAGAGAGAGAGCUGUUCCUCCAGAGGAAACAGAGCCAAAGCGUUUCUACUGACAUCAUACGAACGACAGAGUGAAGGAAUGUGUCAGAGUUUUUUAGCCAAUUGUUGGCCAGGCAUCCAGCAAUUUUAUUACAAGGAAUAGUUUGACAUUUUGGGAAAUACGCAUAUUGACUUUGUUGCUGAGAGAUAGAUGAGAAGAUCAAUACCACUAUCUAAUACGUGAAGAUAUAAUUAUUCUAAUAUCCUUCUAAUAAAAACACAGACUGGGGUUUAAAGAUAAAACCCAAAGUUUGACUUCUCUUGCUCUCUGGUGACCCGUGUUUGAAACUACAAGUGUGUGACUAAUUUUUGUCAGUUGUAGCAUAUAUGUUCGACAAGUAAUGUUCAUAAAUAACAAUAUGGACAAAUCUAUGUAAAUAAGUGUGUACAUACUCAGCCUUGUAAAUAAAUACUUUUUGAAUAGAAA